UGCCCCGCCAGCUCGGACCAAUCGCGCCGGCUCGAACGUGUCCAGGUUGGCGGCCCCCGGCAGGGCCGGCCCGGAUGCGCCGAGCGGCCCAGGGCGCAAGGGAGGGCGCAGUGGGUUCGCUGGGCCUGCGCCCCGGACGGUGGGAGUCGGGGAAGCGGGAGGAGGAGACUGUCUGAAGGUGCCCUCCAGACGCGGCCCUGAUGACUGAACUACAGCAAGAUGUGGACGACACAAAGCCUGCCAAAGUGCUCGGGAAGAGAGAGAGCAAAAUUGGCUCAGCCCACUCAGAGGCUGAGAAUGGUGUGGAGGAGAAAAAGAAGGUCUGCAGGUCACCAGCAGCCCUGUCCCCUGCUCUGUCCAGCGAGACCGAGUCCGCAGACCCGAAGAGAAUCAUUUCCCUGCGGUACGGUUUCUUCAGUUUGGGAUCCCGCCUGCUGGAAUCACCCCGUCCCCCACACCGUGUCCUUAGAGUCCUGAGGGAUUAUCGAUGUCUAGAAGAGAAAAAUCAAUGUCAGGCUUUCUUGUCGAAAUCCAGUUUCGAUGGUGCCUCUUUAGCAAGUGAGAAGAAUGACUGUAAAACAGAAAGCAAGAAUGACUCUAAGAUUGAAAGGAAAAAGGCCUCAUCUUCCAGCCAGGACAAGGCAAACAUGCACUUCCACAAGCUGUUUCUGGAUGUCCCCACUGAGGAACCCCUGAGGCAAAGUUUUACCUGUGCUCUACAGAAAGAAAUAUUAUACCAGGGGAAGCUCUUUGUAUCAGAAAACUGGAUUUGUUUUCAUUCCAAGGUCUUUGGAAAAGACACUAAGAUCUCUAUUCCGGCUUUCUCGGUAACCCUGAUAAAGAAAACCAAAACUGCCCUUCUGGUGCCAAAUGCCCUGAUUAUAGCGACAGUCACAGACAGGUACAUAUUUGUCUCCUUACUCUCCAGAGAUUCAACUUACAAACUACUGAAGUCUGUGUGUGGACACUUAGAAAAUACAAGUACCGGCAACAGUCCCAAUCCAUCUUCUCUCGAAAACAGCUUCCAGGCAGACCGCCCUUCAUCUCUGCCUCUGGAUUUCAACGACGAAUUCUCAGAUCUGGAUGGAGUGGUACGGCAAAGAAGGCAAGACAUGGAAGGAUACAGCAGUUCUGGAUCCCAGACUCCUGAAUCUGAGAACUCUCGAGAUUUCCAUGUGACAGAAUCCCAGACAGUUCUGAAUGUCUCCAAGGGAGAAGCAAAACCAACUCGGGCAGAUGCCCUUGUGAACAGACUGCCUGAAGGAAAAGCCAAGAGUCUCCCUGGGCAUGGUCAGUCAGAAACCAUUGGAAUCAUACCCAGAGUAAAGUCUCAGAAAUGUCCGACUCUCCACCAUAUUCUUAUAUUCUAUGCAAUUGUUGUCUGUGCACUAAUCAUCUCGACCUUCUACAUGAGAUACAGAAUUAAUUCUCUGGAGGAGCGGCUGGGGUCACUAACCUCCAUUGUGGACACCCAUCAGACUGAAUACAAAACAACUUACAAAAGCUACUUGAGAAUGGUGACUGACCAGCCAGAAGCUUGGACCAAUGCAAAACCUCGCACUUCCCUUGAAGUAGGUGCUCCCCAGGCAUUCUGGUGGAGUGCUCCCUGCUGGCCAGAGGAGCAAGCAGAUGGGCAGCCCCAGCCGUGCUUGCCCUUGGAGGUCUCCAGCUCAGGAAAUGGGGGAAGGGGAAUAAUUUUGGUUCCUGUGCAAUAAAAUUUGACCUUGACUCUCUGAGGAAGUUUUCAGGGCUGCUGCCUGAAAAAAACAGACCCAUCUCUGGAGGUCUCAGGAAGGGCCUGGCAGACUUGGACGAUUGCGGUUCAGUGGGUUAUCGUGACUGUGUCAGCGGUACUGACAUACUCCUCCACUCCAUGCCUUUUCAGUCCUACCCACCUGCCUCUUCUCUCCUGUACAUCCCUCUUAACCAACCUUCAAACUAAGGGAUAUAUCGUGUGCCAACAAACUCGAUAGGAUCCUUUAAAGAAUUUGCCAUGACUCUCCCAAAAGAUAAAAAGAAACAAAAAAGCCCUAAUGGACAGACUUGCUUCAAACAAGUAACAUUUUAGUUUUUGGUUUUCUCCCUUCUGCUGUUAUGUUCUGGUUUAAGUCACCUGUAUAUCAUCUUAACUUCUCAGUUGAGUAUUGGCAAGAGUAUUGGACAAAGUGGAUUAAACUAUCUCAUUUUAUAUUUUGUUCCUCUAAUAACUAAUAGAACUGAUUCUCACCCACCCCAUGUCAAGAAUUUGUGAGACAUGAGACUAAAGUACUAAAUUAACUUAUGUUGAAACCAAAACUAAUCUUUAAACCAAAAAGUAUGAUAGUGAUUUGAUGCAGGAUGAAAAACACUGCAUUUUUAAGAUUGUAGGUGGACUGUGUUUUGAAAUAGGAUGUCUGUAAUUAAUGCUGAAACCCAUCUCAGCAUGAUGAUAGCAUGCUUUUCUCUUGCUGACUAAAAUAUUUAACUAGUGGUUUUGCUAACUUCUAUUUACCAUAUGGGUUGGCUGGUUUUUAUUCAUAAUUAUUUAGGUACCCUAAUAUCUGUAAUAUAAAAGAUAUUCUGUUUAUGAUGCAUUUUAUAAUCAUUUCUAUGAAAUGUAUUUUGUUUAAUCAGGUAAGCUAAUAAGUGAAUUGGUUACAUCAUUUGUAUUUGUUGGCCUACUGGACAAGAAUUGUGCCUGGUGCACCCCUAGCUUUUAAUAAAUACUCAUUGGUUAAAAUGC